AUGGAUCAAACCGAAACACCUGAAAAGAUUGAUAUCUCGGAACUUAGUCAAGUCGACACUAAGGACUCUGAAGCAGCCAGAGAAGACGACAAAAUCAUCGCAAGACGACUUUUGUGGAAAAUAGAUUUGAGAAUAUUACCAAUUCUUACAUUGCUCUACAUUUUUGCUGCCAUGGAUCGUUCUGAUCUAGGAAACGCUCAAGUUGCAGGCAUGCAAAAGGACCUCGGUGCCACAUCAAAAGAAUGGACCCUUGUAGCUUCUCUAUUUUACGUUGGAUACAUUGUUGCGCAGCCCAUCGGUACUCUGUAUUUACGACGAAUCAACCCGCCUGUCAUUUUCUCGUUCGCCUGUUGCCUUUGGGGUGUUCUUACAAUACUUAUGCUUACAACCAAAAACUACGGGCAAGCCACAGCGAUUAGAGUGCUUAUAGGCCUGUCUGAAGGUCUCUUGCAGGCUGCCCCUCUAUAUUUAUCUCUCUGGUACAAAGGAUCAGAACUUGGAACCCGUGGAGCUAUCUUCUUCUCUGUUUCAUCAUUGGCUGGCGCUUGCAAUGGACUGAUAGCUUACGGUCUUGAGAGCAACUUCUCCAACAAACCACCAUUCGCACCAUGGCAGUGGUUGUUUCUCAUCGAAGGAAUCAUGUCUACUGGUUUUGCCUUUAUUGUACUACUGUUGCUGCCACCUGUCCCUGAGAAUGUACGCUUUGGUUUCACCGCUGACGAGAAGCGACUUGCCAUCGCUCGCUCAGUAGAAGCAUACAAUACCGUGGACGCUAAAAUCGACAAAGGUCAAAUAAUCGCCAUCUUCAAGCAACCUUUGAUCUACAUUUUCAUGGCUGCAUAUAGUGGUACCAUUGUAUCCUUAGGCUCCAUGAGCAACUUUAUGCCAUCGAUUGUACAAGGAAUGGGUUACUCCAGUGUAAACGCCCAGCUCAUGACAGUACCUGUCUAUGCUGUUGCUUUUGUUUCCACAAUAUUUUUCGGGCACUUAUCGGAUCGACUACAAAUUCGUGGCCCCCUUGUGGUCUGCCUGACUGCCUUUGCCGUGGUGGGAUAUCUCAUUGUCCUCAUCGUUCGUACAUCGGAUAUAACCCGGUACAUUGGCCUUUGCUUAAUUGCUCUUGGCAUAUAUCCAUGCGUUCCAAUCAUCCUCACUUGGUCCAACGUCAAUAUCAUUGGUUUCACUCGACGUGCGACAGCCAUUUCAACAAUCAAUAUGGUUGCACAAGUUUUCGCCAUAGUUGCAAAUCUUCUGUUUACUGAACCGCCGUACUAUGUCAACGGCAUAGCCUUCGUGCUCGCUUUUAUGUUCUUGUCCAUGUCGUCAUCCUUGAUAGGUAUAUUCUAUUUGCGUUCUCAAAAUAAGAAAAAGAGAGCAGCUCAGAAUACUCCUGAAGCAAGCGUGAACAGAGACAAAAGCUUUGAGGAAAUCGGUAAUGCUCAUCCCGACUUCUUUUUCACACUAUGA